AGCAGUAAAUGUCCAAACCUUCGCGCCAUGGUGGUCGGCGCAUUUCCGUUGUUCAAGUUGGCAAGUUUAGCCAUCAAGCAAAUCUCCAAACCAAUCGCUAAUAGUUUAAAGACGACAGCCAAGCAAAGUGAUUUCUUUAAGAAGUAUGUCUGUGUUUGGUCUGGUCAAGGCUAUCAUUGGCUCGAGACAAAUGUCAAGAUGCGCAUAAUGGGGCUUUCAGGUCCAGAUAAAGUGCAGCCAUUAAGUGAACAAGCAGCCAUUGAUGUCGGUGCUGAGCUCCUAGGAGAAACACUGGUGUUUGGUGUUGCAGCUACGCUAAUGUAUCUAGAAUAUAACAGAGGAAAGAAGAAGGAGGAGAUGAAAGAACAGGAGCAAAAUGAAAAAUUACUUGAACUGCAGAGUCAAGUCAAGGAGUUGGAACUUUUGGUAGACACUAAUGCAGCUCAAGUUCGUGAGCUUACAAGACUUGUUCAUAGUAAAGACAGUUAGCAAAAUAAUGAUUAAUUUAUCUGAAAUGGCUUCUUUCUUCUCCUACUUCUAAAUGUAUGUUGCCAUAGGACACUUGUUUAUGAAAGACUUUACAAGCCAAAACUACAACAAUGCUGACUUCUGCUAAGUUAGAAAUAUAGGCCUUUUUCAUGUCCCCAGGCUCAAUUAUUAUAUAAAACAGAUACAUUCCAUGUUGUAGUGUAUCUGUUCAGUAAUAGAUCACAGAAGAUGUCAAAAUGUGGUAAGAACAUAAGUGACAGACUCCGAUUCAACUAUGACCUCUUGUGCCACUUUUUGAUUCAUAUCACAUUUUGAUCUCAUGCUCUGUGAUCAAUUAUUGAACAGACACAUGGCAACAUGGAAUCUGUUUGUUAAAUUGCACAAAUUGUCUCCCUCCCUUCCACAAAUAAAUGUACAAAUACUGCAUGGGAUUGUGUGUGCAAAAUGCAAUUCACAGUGUACAAAUUAUAUCUAAAGUUAAUGCUUGGGUUUUCAUAAAAUCAUCCCUAUAGAUGCAGUUGCAAUUGUGCUAGCAGGGAGGGAAAAUACCUUAAGUUCUCAUCAAGUAAAAAUUUAUGUGGUUCAUCCACUUUUGUUGCUGACUGGGAAACGGAUGCGUCUCAUUUUCUAAAUUUUUCAAAAUUAAUGUCUCUGAGUGAUUCAUUAAAUGUUACUUGGUUAGGAUUUUCUGCAUGCAAGAAACACCCUAUAACGGGAAUGUACAGUGGAACCUAGAUAUAAUGAAGGGUCAAGGGACUGGAAAAAUAUCUUCCCUAUUAUGAGGUUUUGUAAUACUGGGGUUCUUUUCUUUCCAUAUAUUCUGCUAUUACUGGGGCAAAGAAUAUUGGUUCGUUAAACUGAAGACUUUAUUAAAUAGAGGUUCAUUAAUUCAAGGUUCCACUGUUGUUUAAUUACACCAGGACCUGGAUGAAAUACCUGGCUUUGGCAUGAAUUUAACUGCUGUGAAGCCUGAAGAAUGUGAACACAGAGUAGAUUUUGAAGGUUUCUCCCUGUUAGCACCUGCCCAUAGUGAAUAUAUUUCCUCUUGUCUCAAAUCUUAGCUACAUUACAGUAUAAGAGGGUUACAUACAGAUCUUUUGCUAUAUUCUGGAUACUUGGGUAGAACAAUUUUCUGAGAGAGCUCAACUUUACAAGAGCGGUAACUAUAAUUUUCUUAAUUUUAAUCCCAUCUUCAGAUGUUACUUAUUGCUUAAUGGCUACGGCUCUGUUUCCUAUGGCCAAAGAAUUACCACAGUCAUCAGGCAACUUUAGCGAUCUAUUGAAAAAUCAGUUAGUUUGAGUUUCUUUUGAGAACCCUAAAACAUUCUCUGAUUAUUACAUGCUUUUUAACCUCUGAAUGGUGUAACUGAAAUUGCACCAGUGUUACCAUUUAGACUGUCCCCCCCAGUAACUGACUAGAAGCUAUCUCAUAUGUAUCAGAGUUAAACUCACCUGAAGAGUCAAAGCUAUAUUAAAAAAAUUUUCCUAUAAAACUGGUUCAUGAUUUCUGCCUUUCUGAUAGUUGGAUGUUACUUUUUAUGGGAACUUGUUGAUUAUUUUAUUUGAUAUAAUUUAGGCACAGUGGUUGAGCUUUGUUUUGUUGUUUGGCAAGACGUGAGCACUUGACUUUUUUAGUUCCUUUCUCCACUCAUGACAACAUAUUGACAUCAGCAAAUCAAGGCACCUAUAACUGUGACAAAAUUCUGGAGGCAACCCCUCAUGAUGAGUAUCAGUAGCAGUUACUCCUUAUCGUUUUAAGGCUAUAUCCUGAGUAAUGAACAGGCACUAAUGAGCCCUCUGGCUGUGGUGAUCCGUGGGCUUGGAACAGACAUCAGUUUGCUUCCUGAUACAGCAAUAUCUAUUGCAGAGAUCUUACCAAGUGCACAGCGACUGAUACUGAUUUACUUGCCUGUCUUUUCAUUUUCCUAGAUUGAAGGACUGAAUGUGAAUCUGUAGGUCAUAGUCUUAAUUUCAAUCACAUAACAAAAAUUGAGUUCCUUUUUUAGGGAGGAAAAGCUGGUUUUCAUGAGACAAAUACUUUAUACUGGUAAAAAGAGCCAGCAACAUUCCCAACUGAUACAUGAAUCCUAGACUGAGAAUCAAACUGAUAAGAUAUGAGCGCUUGUCUGGUUACUCAGCUCCCCACAACAUCCUGUUAAGUCCAGAGAAAAAUUAAUGGCUAACCUGAAUACAACAUGUGU